AUGGCGUCCGUAAACCCAUUUAAUCAAAGUGAUUCUGAUGAAGAAGCUGAAAGGCGACCCAGUGAGACAAUUGACACAGAAAGGAGUCCAAGCAAUGGAGCCCCAGGUCCGCCACCGGGAAAUCCUUUCGCUCCUCCCGCGGACAGUGAGCCCCCUGCGCCGCUGCUGGUGCUGUCAAACAGUCGGACCAGCCCCAGCGGAGGUGAGGGCAUCUCCGUGGCUUCCUCCACUAUGGCAGACGCUCGGAUAUCAGUGGAUCUCAUCGCUGCUCAGCUUUUACGGGAUCAAUACAUCCUCACAGCCCUGGAGUUGCACACGGAACUGUUGGAAGCGGGUAGAGAGCUUCCGAGGCUAAGAGAUUAUUUCUCCAAUCCUGGAAACUUCGAGCGCCAAAGCGGCACCCCUCCAUCCAAAGACCAAGCUCUGGGACCCGGGGGACCUCUGAAUCGAGCGGGCAGCAUCAGCACCUUGGACUCUUUGGACUUUGCCCGUUACUCUGACGACGGUAACAGGGAGUCGGAUGAGAGGGUGGCAGUGCUGGAGUUUGAGCUACGGAAAGCAAAGGAGACCAUUCAGGCUCUGCGCGCCAACUUGACUCAGGCAGCAGAAAGUGAAGUGCCCUCUCAAGAGAGGAAAAACUUCAAGUCGAAUCCUGAAAGUCAGGAAGCUAUACGCCCACUGGAGAAAAGAGCACUAAACUUCCUUGUUAAUGAAUAUUUAUUAAAAAAUGAAUACAAACUCUCAGCCAUCACUUUUUCGGAUGAGAAUGAUGAUCAGGACUUUGAGUUGUGGGACGAUGUCGGCCUUAAUACCCCAAAGCCCCCUGACCUGCAACAGCUGUACAGAAACUGUGGCGCCGCUUCGCCUCUUUCCCGGGACACCGUGGAUGUAGCGGUCGAGGUGGACUUUGGUGAUCUCCCUGGGAACUGCAUCGCCCAGGAGACGCCCAAGAAGCCUGACCUUUCACAACAGCAACAGGCUGAAGUGGUUCAAGAGUUGGAGUAUCAGAUCAGCCUCCUCAACAACGAAAAAGAAAGUUUAUCUGAACAAAUCAAGAAGCUGCAAAGUGAAAUCCAGUCUUUAAAGCGGACAGUUUCGGCGCCUCCUUCAACUGAAAGACUGUCUUUAGACCUGGGCUCAGAAAACACAGCAGCCCCUUCGUCCCCCAACACUUCCUCUGACCCAAUGCCCCCAUCAGAUAACGGCCAGUAUCUGGACAUCCGCGGCGUUUCAGCACCGGAAAAUGACUCCAAGCCUCCCCUCACACAGAACACAUCGCAAACACACAAUGAAAUACACAACAGACUUAAUAAGAGGCCGCCAGUUCAGUUCGACCAGCCUAACAGAAAGUUAACGCCAGCCUUCCAGCAAGCCCUCCUCUCCUUCUGUCGAAUGUGCUCAGAUAGCCGGCUUGGAGCUGAGGUGUCUCGCAUUGCUGACAGCGAACAGAGUGUCAUGUUGAUGCUCGGCCGUUGUCUCCCACACAUUGUCCCCAAUGUACUUCUUGCUAAACGAGAGAGAAUGGUUGCACAUCUUUGCCAGGAGUUAAUUCCACUUAUCUUGUGUACCGCAUGCCUUCACCCUGAGCCUAAGGAGAGGGACCAGCUCCUUCACAUUUUAUUUAACUUAAUCAAGAGACCAGAUGAUGAGCAGAGACAAAUGAUCUUAACUGGGUGUGUAGCAUUUGCCAGACACGUGGGUCCCACACGAGUUGAGGCCGAACUACUUCCCCAAUGUUGGGAACAGAUUAACCACAAAUAUCCCGAACGAAGAUUGUUAGUGGCAGAAGCCUGUGGAGCCUUAGCACCGUACCUGCCUAAGGAGAUCCGGAGCUCUUUGGUGUUGUCCAUGUUGCAGCAGAUGCUUUCUGACGACAAGGCGGACAUGGUCCGAGAAGCUGUAGUCAAGAGUUUGGCUAUUCUUAUGGGUUAUAUUGAUGAUGCUGAUAAAUACUCUCAGGGUUUUGAGCUGAUGCUGCUGUCCCUUGGAGACCCAUCAGAGCGAGUGGUCGGUGCAGUCCACCAGGUCUUCAUCCCUGCCUUCGCCGCCUGGACCACUGAGCUGUGCUCUUUGCACACUACACUUAUCCCCUCCCUAAUGGCACGAAUAGAGAAACUGCUUAUGCAAGGUGAGCACGGUCUGGACGAGCACAAGCUUCACAUGUACCUGUCCGCGCUACAGUCUCUCAUCCCUCCUCUGUUCGCCGUGGUGCUACAGAACGCACCUUUCACCAGCAGAGUCAAACUCCAUGGAGACAUACCUGCCAUCGAGGUUACACGGUUUCCACGGCCCGCCUCCCCUCUCCAGGAUGUAGCAACCAUUAUCGGCAGCAGGGAGAUGUUAAGUGCCCUAUUGAUACUGUAUGACCACCAGCUCGAACAUGAAGGCACCACAGGCUGGGAGAGCCUUCUUUGGGUCGUCAAUCAAUUCCUUCCUCAGCUAAUAGAGAUUGUAGGUCGUAUUAAUGUGACAUCAUCAACGUGUGUCCAUGAGUUCUCUCGGUUUUUCUGGAGACUCUGUCGCACAUUUGGCAAGAUUUUUACCAACACUAAGGUCAAACCACAGUUCCAAGAGAUCCUGAGAUUAUCAGAGGAAAAUGUUGAUACUUCGGCAGGAAAUGACAUUCUCACCAAAGCAACCGUCCCGAUCUAUGCCACAGGAGUGCUGACCUGUUAUAACCAGGAGGAAGACCGUAAGUUAUUAGUAGGGUUCUUAGAAGACGUCAUGACAACCCUGUCUCUGUCCCACGCUCCUUUGGACAGUUUAAAAGCGGCCUUUGUAGAGUUGGGUGCUAAUCCAGUGUACCACGAGCUGCUGCUCACGGUGCUGUGGUAUGGAGUGGUCCACACGUCAGCACUGGUGCGGUGCACAGCUGCUCGCAUGUUCGAGCUGCUGGUGAAGGGGGUGAAUGAGACGCUGGUAGCUCAGAGAGUGGUGCCGGCUCUCAUCACACUGUCCUCCGAUCCUGAAAUCUCUGUGAGGAUAUCCACUAUUCCAGCAUUUGGGACCAUCAUGGAAACUGUCACGCAAAAAGAGUUACUGGAGCGCGUCAAAAUGCAGCUCGCGUCGUUCCUGGAGGACCCUCAGUAUCAGGACCAGCACUCUCUGCACAUGGAGAUCGUCCGGACGUUCGGGAGAGUCGGCCCGAACGCAGAGCCCCGGUUUAGGGACGAAUUUGUGCUACCACAUCUCCAUAAGCUGGCCCUCGCCAACAACAGCCAAACCGUGGAGAGCAAACGCAUUGACAUCGCCACGCAGCUCUUCGAGGCCUACAGCGCCCUCUCCUGUUGCUUUAUUUCUGAGGAGGUCAUGGUGAACCACUUCCUGCCUGGUCUGAGGUGUCUCCGGGCAGACAUGGAGCAGCUUUCCCCUGAGCAUGAGGUCAUUCUCAGUUCUAUGGUUAAAGAAUGUGAAAUCAAAGUGGAGAACAGAGCAAUGGGAGAUCCACAAGGGUCUGUGUCUAUUGCUUCCAGUCUGGUGGGCGAAGAUGCAAAAACCAAGUUCUUGAGCAAGAUGGGGCAGCUCACUACGUCAGGCGCGAUGCUAGCAAACGUCUUCCAGCGAAAGAAGUGA